UCGCGGGGGGUUGAAUUGACGUCCGUGUGACACUCCGUUGCAGAGGAUGUACGCAGCACCUCAGUUAAUGGUAGAAAUAUUUUUAGCCGCCGGGAGGAGAUUUGGCGCUGGAUGAAACUGUUUUUGAACUCACUCCUCACUCCUCGCGUAAUGUCAGCGGACAGCGGAGAGGCUUUCGCUCGGCUUAAACACCACAGUAGUGUAUUACAUGGACGCACAGAGUGAACUUAUGCUGUAAUAAUUGUUAACAUUCGUGUUCAAGAUUCUAGCUGUUGUUUUAUAUUAUUGUGGUGACCAUCCACUCUGGUUGGAGAGAAACCUUUCCGCAGGCCGUAAUUUAAUCUUCAUACUGCAGACCUUUAAAUAUCUCCCUUGAAAACCUCCCAGCAGCCACGUGGUGUAAGCUCACACUGAACUUUCAAAGGACUGUUUACAAGUGACUGGUAGGGGAUAUCUCUGGUGAGUCCCCCGAUCAUUUUCCUUUUCUCUUCUGCUUUGAACCAGUAUGCCCUCUUCUUUUUUUCGCCGGUCUACCCUGAGCACCUUGCAGUGAAUGGAGAACAUACUGGUUUUGCUCCCGAAGCACCGACAGGAACACAGGCUCUGCAGACACACGGCUGCGUGUGCCUCGCUGCAGGUUUUACCCUACAGUGCCGUCUUCUCCCGGUCUUUAGUAGAGACCCCCACUCCCUGGAAGCCUCUUUAAUGGGAUAAAUCAAUAGGACUGAUCAGGUUCAAAACCAGAUCAGGUGGCCGAUUCCAUUCUGACUUUCCCCGAAACAACCUAACCUUUUUUUGUUAAGCCCACUGUCCUCCAAAGGCGUCCGCAUGGUACUUUGGUCGAAAGAGCAAGACAAACUCCCUGACAUCGACAUGUCCACCGGGACCAUUGAUGCGAAGGAGGGAGGGCCCCCAACAUCGGCCCUGCUCAACUCCAACUGCUCCGUCCACCCGGUGAUCCUCACCGAGGGCACUGAGGAGGUUGGCACCGAGAAGGUGGCCCCGGGGACCGGCGGCGAGUUGGAGCUCACAGAGGUCACAUCGUUCACAGAGAGGGCCGGUGAGACCGGGGACGUUGAGGAGAGGACCGAGAUUGUGGUGGCCAUGGACUGCCGGGCCAACGCCAAAGGUCAGCGGGAGGAGGACGCUCUCCUGGAAAACGCCAGCCAGAGCAACGAGAGCGACGACACCAGCACCGACCAGAGCCCGGAGCCGUCGGUCCCACUCAAGGAGACCUCCUUCUCCAUUGGCCUGCAGGUGGUCAUCCCCUUCCUGCUGGCCGGGUUCGGGACAGUGGCGGCUGGAAUGGUGCUAGACAUUGUCCAGCACUGGACGGUGUUCACGGAGGUGUCAGAGGUGUUCAUCCUGGUUCCAGCGCUGCUGGGGCUCAAAGGCAACCUGGAGAUGACGCUGGCCUCCAGACUUUCCACCGCGGCUAAUAUUGGUCAGAUGGACACAGCCAAGAACAUGUGGAAGAUGAUAAUGGGGAACUUGGCCCUCAUCCAGGUCCAGGCCACAGUGGUGGGCUUCCUGGCCUCCAUAGCUGCUGUGAUCUUCGGCUGGAUCCCAGAGGGACACUUCAGGCUGGGCCACGCCGUGCUGCUGUGUGCCUCCAGUGUGGCGACGGCCUUCAUCGCCUCUCUGCUGCUAGGGCUCAUCAUGAUCGGCGUGAUCAUCGCGGCCAGGAAAGUCGGCAUCAACCCUGACAACGUGGCCACGCCCAUUGCCGCCAGCCUGGGAGACCUGAUCACCCUGUCCGUGCUGGCAGGCAUCUCAACUGGACUGUACAAGGAGCUAGAGUCCAAUGACUACGCCAACCCGCUGGUGUGUGCGGUAUUUGUGGCCUUGUGCCCCCUCUGGGUGCUGAUAGCCAGGAGGAUCCCAUCCACCAGAGAACUGCUGUACUCCGGCUGGGAGCCAGUCAUCAUCGCCAUGGCCAUCAGCAGUGUCGGGGGUUUGAUCCUCGACAAGACUGUCACCAACCCAAACUUUGCUGGCAUGGCGGUGUUCACCCCAGUCAUCAACGGUGUUGGAGGUAACCUGGUCGCGGUUCAGGCCAGUCGAAUCUCCACCUAUCUGCACAUGAACGGUCUACCCAUGGGGGAUCCCAACCCCACCCCCAGGAAGUGCCCCACGCCCUGCACCUCCUUCUUCGGCUCCUCUGUGAACUCACGUUCAGCCCGUGUGCUCUUCCUCCUGGUCGCCCCGGGUCACCUCGUCUUCCUCUACACCAUCAACUCCCUGAGGGGGGGACACACCACCCUGACAGCCGUCUUCAUUUCGUUCUACAUGGUCGCUGCACUACUACAGGUGUUAAUCCUUCUCUACCUGGCAGACUGGAUGGUGCACUGGAUGUGGGGUCGAGGCAUGGACCCCGAUAACUUCUCCAUCCCCUACCUGACGGCUCUGGGCGACCUGCUGGGGACAGGCUUCCUUGCCCUCUGCUUCCACAUGCGCUGGUUCAUCGGUGACAGGGACGCUAACGCGGGCAACUGAAUGCAUGCACAGCAACACGCACAACAACAAAACAUACAUAUUCUACGCUUGCACGCAAGGACAAUGAAGAACAUCUCCCAUACGCCUGGACAUUAUCUGAAAGUGGCCUUUUUUUACUACAUAAGGGCUAAUCUCCUGUAGGGCUCUGAUUGAUGGUCUAGCACUUGUAGGAGCAGUUAUGUUUCAUCUUCAGGAGAUCAGGACUCAGUAUCUUAAAAACACAUAUCUCCACCUCAACCAGUGAACAAAACCCCACAAACUACCCCACUCCUCCUAUAUUUUACCUAAUAACUGAGUCCUACUACUUUUGUUAUGAUCACGCUAUUGAAAAUGAUUACUAUUGUUGAUAAAUAAUGCAUUUUAUAUGAAUCAAUAUUUGUUCCACGUGAAGGGUCAGUCCUCAUUAUUUUCUAUGGGAACGUUAGCCCUACCGUUUUUUAGAAGAUACAUUUUUAACACUUGAAACCAGGACGGCAAAAAAUACGUCCAAACGAGCCUUGAAUGCUUAAUCACCAAGUGCUACGUCAUUUACAGAAUGAAUAUUAUAUGUGUCUCACUUCUGAUUUAGUAGAGUUUACAAAGGGCUAGGAAUUGGGUGGGUGGGGUUUACUACAGGGGACUGGACCACAAACGUAACAAACUAAAUCUCUUUUUUGCGUCGCUCUCAUCUAUGGAUGGCUUAAUUUGAGUCCAAUGGGAUCAGAAGAUCAAGGUCGUAACUCCCACGUUUUCUUCCCCCCUAGUUCUGGACUCCAGAAUUAGGAACGUCAGAUCUGAGGUCAGAUCAGAAUCCAUCAAACGCUUACACCAGCCACGACUAGAAGGGAUCUACCUCUGCUUCCGUCAGCAGUUGAGAACCUCUUAAUUAACCCCUAUUUAAAAAUUGCUGUUAAACAGAAUUGCUUGCUCUCUGGCAAAACAGCCUGUAUUUUUUUCAUCAAACUUCCUCUGGAGUCCACAGAAGUUACACUUUUUUGGGGGGGGGCCAAAUCAACUAAAAACUGCCAUUACGGAAUGCCCCGAGUAAGAUUAGUUUUUGAUUGACCAGCAGGCGCACAAAACCAGAAUAAAAUAGUACGUGGGAGACGGCCCGUUAGGAAUGUGUCUGUACACCUGACACACAAACGCAUCUCAUUGUUGACUUUAUAGGGUUAAUAGAGGUUAGAGAGGUCUUAGCUAGCUGUUCUAGGUGAGGAUAGCACCAGUCUCCCAUGUCCGAAGCAAUCCGCCCACUCUCUACUGGAAUAAGCAAGUUGUUGUUGUUGCUGUUAUGUUGCCCAAGCCAGGCUUAUAGUAAGUGAAAAAAUGCUCAACAUGCUGCGACGCACUGGAAAACAACCUGCAGAGCUCAGCAAAGUCAACGCCAUUCUUUUCACGCAUUGGUACAAUGUGUUAAGUUGCCUUAGUCAGGAUGAGCCCGCUCGGAUUCAGCUGUCUGGUACCAGGUGAAAGGUCCCGAUCGCUGAUGUUUCGCGUGGAUAUUUGUUCUCUCUAAUUUGACAACUUUAAAUUGUAUGUUGGGAAUCAAAACUGGAGCGCUGAUCCUUUCCAGUGAAAGACAGACCAAUGAUGUUGUUUGAGGUUGGUUUAUCAGAUCGGUCACAGUGGCUAUAGGAAGUGGUUGCAUAUCUUUUUUUUUUUAAGUGUUUUUAUUGUUGGUAUUGGGUUCUUUGAGUUGCACGAUUAAAAGUUCUCUAUGCUAACAAGCUUGCUUUCAGUUAGCAAGUUUCGUUAGCUUAGUGAACUUUUGGCCCCCUUAUAGUAACGCUAUGAUGAAUGAGGAAAUUUCUUAAGUUUAGUUUUUUUCAGAUGCUGUAGAGUGCGUUCAAACGUGUUGUUUCUCUCUACGGAAGCCCAGAGAGGCAAGUAAGAAAAAAAAAAAUCUGGUGAAACUCUUCUUUUAAAGCUGGGAAAAAAAUGUCCCACUUGCUUUAAGGAUGAGAAAGAAAAUGAAGGAAAUUAGAAACUUUUUUUUCUCACCUGUUGUUAAGACAUAAUCACAGGAGAGAAAACAGUUCAGGUUAGACUUGGAAAAUUGAUUAAUUUUUUUCUCAUGUCAGGCCUUCUAAGGGCUUCCGUAUAUUAAACAUAUAAUUAAUAAAAUAACUAAUAAUAAUCUCUCUGGUGACUCGACUGGGGCAAAAAUCGUUUUAACCUCAGUAACAUGUCGCCUGACUUUGAAAAAAAGAAAGUAGCGAACCAUUUUCUACAAACUGUACCGAGUACAGACGCAGAGCCCGGGGUCUUAGGAGAAACCUGCAUGUGAUGCUUGACUUAUUCGACGCUUGUCGGACUUCUGUGCUGUUUUCGAAGGGGCCAGCAGAAUGCAUGUGCAGGGCACAUAAUGUGAAUGUGCAAAACUUGAUUCUUUUAUCUGUUGAAAAUCUUGUUCUGGUCUUACUGAUUUAUUUCUUCUUUUAAAUGUGUCAAUUAUGUGAUUUUUUUUUUCUUCUAUUCCUUUCCACAGCUCCCUAAUCUUUUUAACUCUUCGUGAUUUUUGAUUUGUGUCGUAAUAUUUCACCGAGCAAACAACCACUGUAAAGAUGAAGUAAGCUCUCCGCACUGGUCAAAGGCACAAUGUACUGUAAUCUGCAACAAAAAAAAUGGACACCAGAGGGCGCCGCAGGGAUCCUCUUAACUUUACAACUUUUCAGUGCAUCUCUGUGUCCUCUGGAUUUAAACCGACUCGAGUCCAUCCGGAGUGACGUUUUAUUUUGUCUUCUUUUCUACAGACUUGUUGUAAAAGUUGCAUCCUUCCAUCCGUUCACUCAGUCUGUAUGCUCCGCUCUCUUACUGACCGGGAGCCAGCGUUCUGCCUCUGUGUCAAAUGGAAAGUUGUGAAUACUUCUAUAAAAGGGGCAAGUAAUGCUUUGUCUAUUUAUUUUUAGAUUGCACACAAAGCAAAUUGUACAUAUUAUAUUUAUUCUAUAUAUAAGGUUGUUUAUUUUGUCAUUUCAUUUUGGCUCCGUUUCUUUGACACCAUGUUGUUUUUCUCAUAUAUUUUUUUUUUCUUUGCUAAAGACCAGUAGAGCUUCCUAGCGGUGAGGCUAACCAAUAGCACGAUGCCUAAUACCAGUCUUUGCACACCUCACACAUAUGCGCACACACACCCACGCACACACAACCUGUCACACACAGGGAAAGUAUACUUAUAAAACAUAGAAUGGCCUUAACCUAUGAGAGCCAAGCUCAACUCAGAGUAACCCAAUCAGGAGCUAGGUUCGUCACAGAGUAGCGUCUCUUUAAUUAGCUUUGAUUAAUAAAUGAUGUACAGUUGAUUAUGAUUGUAAUGAUAUAAUGACUUUAUAUGACGCAGCAGCGGAGAGGAGGGCGGAGGGCAUCAGUCACAGGCUUUUUAUUCACGUCGUGAAAGUGGAAAAAUUAGGACUUUGAGGCUGGAAAAGCCCAGUAGGCUGGUUUUACAGGGCAUCGGUAAAAGUCUGGAGUUAAGUUUAGCACUAACAGGACUAAGAUUUCAAGCCACAAACACAGCAAAAAAAAAAAAAAAGACAAAAUGUCACUUCUCCUUAUAUUUCCACCUGUAUAUGAAAUAUCCAGCCUUUAAAAAAAACUUCAACCACCUACUGCCUUGUUAGCCUCAGUGCUUUAAACCCUCAAGCCCCUGAAUCCUCAGGCUGCCACACCCACAUCAAGGUGGAGCCUUUGAUUCAGACACUAAAACCUCCACCUGUCUCGGUCAGCUCUGCUGCCUCUGAGAAACUGACAUAAAACACUGUUACCAUCUCAGUGGGGAAGAGGUCCUUGCAUUCUCUGUGUGCUCUUCUUGUAGAAGCCCUCCCUCUGUGAGGCUGGAGGAAGGCUCUCUCCCUGCAGGACUUUGUAAAUUGCUGGAAAUAAAGGACUAUAUUAUUUCAUACCA